AUGGGGAAAUAUGUUCGGAAUGCGAAAUUGGGUGUCAGCCGCCCGAGGAAUGCUUACUCGCGGCAUGGUGUGCAUCCAAAAAUGAAGACGCGGAUCCGUGGCAAGACCAUUUCGUUCGAGCGUGGCAGCUGCAGUGCCAAGUGGUCCGGGCAGUCCAUGACAGAAGCAGAAAAAGAACCUUUCUAUCAAGACGCCGCGAAGCAGAAAGCCUUCAACAAGGCCAUGCCGCUUUGUUCUUUCACCAGCCUCAGGCAGCCUCCUGUGCAGGAACUUCGAGCAGAGGCACUCGGUCGGGAGAACGACACGGACAACGAGCCAGAGGUCCACGAUGAUGCAAAUCGCUUUGUGGGAGAAGCCCGACCCGAGCCCGUGCAAAUGGCUCACAUCAGCAACCGCUUGGAGGUCAUGGAGGCAUUGGGCGAAGGGGGGUAUGGCUUGGUGCGCCGGGUGACGGACCGAUACACGGGAGUGUCUUACGCCUGCAAAUUCCAACAGCCAGAGGCAUCGUGUCCUGAAGCCACGGGGGAGAGCAUCAUCACAGAGGACGAAUAUCUUCGCCGAAGUGCACACCCUCAUGUGAUCCGUACCUUUGGUCUGGUCUCCCGGCCCAACAAUUCCACGACAGGGGUUGGGCUCCUGAUGGAGCUUGCAGAAGGCUGUUUCGUUCACCAUUGCCGCGAGUCCUUGCCGCCUGUCAUCAAGUCAUGGGGAUAUGUUCAUCAGAUACUACAGGGUCUGAGCUACAUCCACUCCAACCGCAUCUUGCACGUGGACUUGAAGCCACACAACGUACUGGUCUGCAGGGCGAGUGAUGGAAGUGCGAUCUUGAAGAUUUCGGACUUUGGCCUGGCCGUAAAGCUGCCGGGCGACCAGCUUGGAGUCAUGCUUCCUGGACGAGAAGUUUGCACACAGAACUACAGGCCUCCUGCAGCAAUGAUUGCUGGCUCCAGCAAGGUUUGGGUGACGGCAUCCACAGAUGUAUUCGCGAUGGGCUGCCUGGCUUUCUUUGCCUUCAGCGGGGGGCAUUCCUUGUUGAAGGAGAACUACAAAGAACAUGUGCUCGCAGCAUCGGCCGCUGGACGUGUACAGAAGCUGUUGGAUGAAAAGAUUGCUUUGAGAUCGAAGCAAUGCCUGCGCCCAGACCAUGAGCAUUCACAGCAAUCUCAGAUAACUUUUGUCUCCAAGUGUGUCCGUGCAACAUGCCGGCAGCGAGAGACAGUUCCAGCAUUGCUGGUGCGAUGCCAAUUGGCAUUGGAGAAUCUCGUGCGGGCGUGA